UCCAUGAUGUACAGUUAGGUUGUUAUUUGAACCCAAGAAAAUGGCUCGAACACACGUUUAUUUUUGUGCUCUGUUCAUCAGUACCUUUUCUUCUGUGGUACUAGCUUUGGAGCCGGUGUGUCCAGUAUGCUCAAAGUAUGAUUACGAAGAGAAACUUUUAGAGAGGGUGAUACGAAUGGAGUUCACAGUGGAAAAAAUUGUGAAAGACAACAAAGCCGCCGUCAGCGAUCAAAUUAAUGAAGGAUUGGACAUUGUCAGGAGGGAAAACGCUCAACUGAGGGAGUUGAUAAGUGAGAUGUCAACUAAUCAUACCGAUUAUGAAAGGCAACAGUCCAACAAGGUCGAGGAGUCUCUAAGCAGCGCUCGUGCGUCCCUGGAUGAUGCGAUUCAGCUGACCAAAGCCAAAGAAACACCGUUUGUGCUUUUCCACGCUAGUAAUCCGAAAGACACAAGUCCCGCCACAGGAGACACAAUCGUGUUCUCGGACAUUCAAACGAACGAAGGAUUGGGGUACGAUGACGUCACCGGGAAGUUUACCGCGCCUGUGUCUGGUCUCUACAUGUUCUUCAUACAAGUCUGCGUUUAUGACAAAGUCUAUGUUAACUUACAACUAGUGAAGGAAGCUAACGUGCUGAUUGGUAGCAGUUACUAUCAUACUCAAGGGCAUCCGUGCUCCAGUGCCCAGGUUUUCACGCGGCUUGUAGAGAGUGAGAGCGUCUGGGUGUAUUGUGUGUCAGGACGGGACCAAGCCCAGCUGUAUCAUACAACCAGCGCUCGAUGGACUAGUUUCGGGGGAGCUCUUGUUCAUAUUUAAUUACAUGAGGACCCUAUAAGGAGGCCACACCUGUCCCCCAUUCUUCACACACACUAUUCAAGUUAUAACCAUUUUGUUGUGUAAAUAUAGUCAUGUUGAAAACGCACCAGAUGACCUGAAACAUACCGGAUUAAGUGACUGUGGGCGGUAAGACACGGUUUUGAACAUGUGUCACCUAAACGAACCACAGGACGUUUGAGCAUUCAUUAUCAUGUAACAUAGUGGCCUAUCUUAGAUUUAUAUUUGUGUAUCUAAUUGUUUUGACAAAGUGAAGUUAAUAAUGUAUUCUAUUUUUGAUUGAUGAUUAUUAUAUGUUAUGGUCUUCAAAUGUCUCGGCUGGGUUUUCAUGUAUUUUUCUAUGAAGACAACAAUUUUAGUCAAAUACAUGAAUGUUUACUCUUAUUCAAAUCGCAAGUCUAAUAUGCCGAAUAAUAGGACAGAGUUUCUGCAUCGUCGGCAACCACGAUACAUUUUCCGUUACAUCAUAAUGAUACACAUAGCUAUAGUAGUGUAUCGGGGGUGUCCAACGAUGGAGUUUCUGGUGCAGUUGUUCAACAUAACUUCUUAAGUAAACACCACGUGUUCAGUAAUGAAGAGUUGACAGGUAAUUUGGAAACUUUGGGUACUUAUUGAUACGAAUUGUCACUCUCAGGGUACAUUAUACUAAAUAACUGUAAAUUAAACUUUGAGAUUUCUAAACUAUAAUCUAUUAAAAGGAACUUGAUUGUCAUUUUGUACAAACAAAGUUAGAAGCUGAAACAAAUGUCGUCCCAGCUGAGAUGUCGGCUGACAUUAAUGAUUUGUAUAUAAAGUGAGUGUUCCAGAGCAGAGUAGAGGAGGAGAGAGGAGUUGAAAGCAUUGUAUAGCACAUAAAAAUAUUUUAAGAUUUAGUUCUAAUAAAACUAUUAAUAGUUUGG